CCAGGAAGCGUUUUCAAAACAAGGGUCUGGUCUGCAGUAAAGAGUGCUUUUAUUGACAAUAUAACAUGUCUGAAAGCAAAAGCCCGCAGCAGUGGUCUACAAACGAAACAAGAGUUCUGCUCACGAUAUGGUCUUCCACGGAGAUCCAGGAAAAAUUAAAGCGCUCGAAAAGGAGGAAAAGAGUGUACGAUGAAAUAAGUCAAGAGAUGUUGAAUGCUGGGUUCAUUCGUUCGAACGAGCAAAUCGUAAAUAAACUAAAAAAGCUUAGGAAGGACUACAGGGACAAGAAGACGAAAAUAAAUAAAAAGAGGAGGAAGAAAGACUCGAACUACGAUGUUAUAUUAGAGUCUGUUCUGGCACAGCAAUCAGCGACUGAAGUGACAGAAGCGUUAAAUUCAGCGACGGUGGCCGCACUGGAGACAAACGCGGAAUCGCCGGUGUUCUCUGCAAAUGAUCUCGGAAGCAAAACAUCUGAAAACAAAACUGUACAGCAGUGGUCUUUGGAGGAAACCAGCGUGCUGCUCGGGAUAUGGUCUUCUUCGGAUAUCCAGGAGAAAUUAGAGACCUUGACAAGAAAGAAAAAAGUGUAUGACGAGAUAUGCCAAGAAAUGGCAAAUGCCGGUUUCAGUCGUACAACUGAGCAAGUCAUAAACAAGCUUAAAAAACUAAAGAAGGAGUUCAGGGACCAGAAGAAGGACCUACGUAAAUGUGUCAAUGAACGGAUCGAUAAAACCGUGAACUACAACAGUAUGGAGGUGAUGGAACGCCUACAAGCGAGUGAACUGACCGGGGCAUUUAAUUCAGCAACGGCCAUGCUGGAGACCAAGGUUAAAUCGCUGAUGCCCCCUGUAUCUAAUUUUGACAGUUUAGUGGAAAUCGAUGAGGUGCUGGAGCAAGCUGAAUCGUCCUUCAGCACUUCUCAAUCCCAACCAAGAAGGUGUCCACAACGGAUCAGAAUAAGGAAGAAAGAUUCAAACAAGGAGCUGCUGGAAUUCUUACAGACUUCUGAUGAACGGUUUAUGGAACAUGCCAGAGAACUUAAUGCUGCCAUUCUUAAGAAAAUGGAUGAAGCUACAAAUUCUAUGCUAGGACUAUUGGGACGCAUGGUUGCAGUAAUGGAGGGACAAGAGGCAAACAAGCAGUGAACAAAGGACUUCCUUUACACACUUGAUUCUCAUUUGCACACUUCUUGCUUAAAAUAUCUAAAUUUCAACCCUAUUUAGGCUACUUUAAAAAAAAAAAAAAAAAAAAAAGAACUCAUUCCUGUUUUCAUUGUAAAAAAAAAUGAUCUGUGCACUUUAUUACGAUCUUUUAUCAAAAUAUAAUAAACUUGUUA